AUGUCGACGAUUGAAGACCCGCUACUCGAUGCGAUUGAGAACUCUCUUUCCGAAAUAAAAGAGCUACUCAAGUCUCACUAUUUCGCAAAUACUCACACCCCCGCAAAAGAGCCAAGUGGCACACCUGCGCAAAAUCAAUUUACCACCACAUCAGAUAUCAACAGUGGCCACAGCGGACACAGUGUGGCCCUCUCCCAAGAUGCAGACAUCAAACCACGAACAGAAGUCCAGCCUGCCCCAAUUACAGUCGUUCGUCAUGUCGGAAGUCUAAUCACGGAGCCGGUGACAGUCGGUGAAAACGACUCGCUCCUGAGCCACAUGUCCGAAAUGGGAAUUGAUUCUGAUAGCUUUGCUGCGGUCUUUCAGCAUGGAUUCGAGCAAAUCGCCUCGUGGUAUCCUUUCCCCCACGAAACUCUCACAGAUCUCAAGCGGAAUCAUCCACUCCUCUUCGCCAUGUGUCUUUUGGCGGGUAUUCGAGCGACAGAGGGGUUGAAUCGCUCGGAUUUACAUGUUACCCUGCAUUCAAUGGUGAAGACUCAUUUGGGAAUGAAGACUUUAGAUACGCCUAUCGAUCUCUCGACUAUCCAUGCAAUGUUGAUCUUUAGUGCUUGGAGCUUUGGGCCAUUGGUGCCGGGCGGUCGAUAUAUUGAUAGUUGGCUAAUGAGCAGUACUACCAUCACCCAUUGCAUGCUUAGUUUUCCGCUUUCUGAGCUGAGCUCUUUGACUGGUUUCUAUGAUCCUAUCAGUCGAAAUAAGUGCAGGAUGUGGAUACAAGCAUCACUGGUACAUUUGAAGUUUGCCAUCGGUACCGGUCGGCCGUCAGUUAUCGGGUGCGAGCGUCUACAUCAACUAAACGAUAUCAUCCGAUACCCUGGCUUCGAGACAUUCGACCAUCUUCUCGCAGCAGAGCUCAAGCUAUAUAUCCACCUCUACGAAGCCACUUAUCAAACCGUGAGCUCAGUCGGCGAUGCAUGGGACAUGAUCCAUAUAUGGGCAAGCAAAUAUCUAGCAGAGGGCAACACGAUACUUAGAUGGGCAUACUCGUGCACCUCUCUCAUUCUAUCACGCUGGGAGCUAGCAAAGCAGAACCAAAGCAUAUCCCCGGGCUCGCCAAUCCGAAAUAGCCGUAUUAACGAAUUGACCUCGACAGUCAUUCGGCACGCUCAGCUGGUUCUGAGAGAUAUCCUCGUUCUCUGUUCCUCUGAUGCUGCAUUUACAAGACCGACGUACGACUACCUGCUUACUGCGUAUGCGGGGAUUACGCUUGCGGAAUACUGCUCGAGUAUCCCAGAUAUGCACGCGACUUAUACGCUGAUGGAGAAUGUUCGGACGCAGGCUCGGAUUCCGAGGAGUAUAGAGGGGGUGUUUAGUUGGGCGACGAAUGUUGUACAGAAGAAAGCCAGAGAUUUUGUGGAUUCCAAUGUGUCGAUUGGUGUUGAUGAUGCUUUUUAUUCAUAUUCGGCUUCUGUGGCGGAUUGGGCGCCUUUUCGAUUUAUCGAUUCGAUGCCGGCGUCGGACUGGGAUGAGAUGAAUGAUUUGCAACAUUUUCAAUAA